GCUCGAGCGCCAAGCAAUCGUCUAGCUGCACCAUCAACUCAUCGGAGCCUUAUAAAUACUACAUUGAUCAACAUUGAUCAGCGCAGCCGAAGGGUCCAGCUUGGAUCACCAGAACGCGCAAAGGCACACCCUAGCUGUGUACAGCACACCUCCUCGCGCCCAGCCGCGCACGUCUGCCAAGGAACGUCUCUAAGUAAUGAGCGCCCUGCUCGACCCGCCGACGGUAAAGCGCGACCGCACGGACUCCGACGCGCCGCGCGCCAAACUCAGUAAUUUGCCCUACGGCACCGACGAGGCGAGUGUACGAAGCUUCAUCGUCAGCACGAACGUCGCCGUGACGAGUCUGCUCGUAAAGAACAACGGCCGCGUCGCCAUCGCGACGCUGCCCGACGACGCCGCGCUGCGAGCGAUCCUGACGUUGAACGGCAACGCGCUCGGCGACCGCCCCGUAAAGGUCGGGAGAUAUUUCGGAGCGGGCGAUCGGCCGCCGGCGAAGAAACCGACGGACGAGACCGUGGCGAAGGCAACAGCGACGACGAGCGACGAGAACGUCGCCGUCGACGCCGCGGGACAUGUGACCUACACGCUCAAGGUGGCGGACCGUGAGAUCCAAUUCGCCGUCGGCGUACGAGAAGAGAGCGUCCAGAGCCUCGCCAAGGACGCCAUCGCCGCGUUGGACCUCUUCGACAUGACGCCCGGCGCGCGCGUCCUCGUCGCGGCGACGUCAAAGGACGCCGACGCCGCCGUCAGAGCUCUACGCGAGGCGCUGAGGGACGGCGCGGGCCGCGUGCAGGGUAUCGACGUCGUCGGCUUCGACACGGAGACGAAGCCGGUCUUCGUCGCCGGGCGCCCGCCGAACGACGUGGCCUUGGUGCAGCUCGCCGUGCGCGGUUUGAUCGUGUUGGUGCGCCUCGACUUGAUAGGUGGUAUUCCAGAUUCGUUGAGACGACUGCUCGAGGACGCGUCCGUGCUCAAGGUCGGCGUCGGAUGUGCGGGCGACGAACAGACGCUGAGCAGGCGGUGUCCUGGCCUCGACGUGCGGGGGAGCUUCCUGGAAAUCGACAAGAUCGCCAAAACAAAAUUCCCGAACUUGAAAGCGUGCGGCCUCCGGUCGCUCGUCGCGAUUCUGGCAAAGAAGCGCAUGAGCAAGGGCCAGCAGACCAAGAACUGGGAGCAGCCCUCGUACACGCCGGCGAUGGUGCGCUACGCGGCGAACGACGCCGCGGCGGGGCUCCUUUGUCUGGAGCUCCUCUGUAAGUAGGUCCUAUGUUGUU